AUGUCAACUCCCCGUCCCUCGCAACAGCCCUGGGCUGUUCCCGCGACCCAGAAUACCGCCCCCGUGAUCAAGUUCCGAUGUCUCUAUACCCACGAUCUACGACGGAAAGCCAAACGCUGGCAAGAUGGCUAUAUGCGUUUCCACACCUUCAACAAGCGUGUAAUGGUCUAUGAUGCCACCGGGAACUUCAUCGGAGAUCACCAUUGGCGCCAGGACGAGCCGUUGCAGGAUGGUGACGAACUGGAAUUAGACCGAGGCGUGUUGAUCCAGGUGUGCGAACCUAUGGAGAAGACUGAAACAGACAUCUCGGCCAUCUACAGUCACAAGAAGAGUCAGACAUGGCCGUUUCAGGCCGAAGAUCAGUCGACCGCCUCUAUUCGUCCGUCUACGCCGGUGCGAUCGUCGAUCUCAUCUCAGCCGACCCGUUCCCUCAAUGACCUUCUCGGGAUUAAGAAGACGGCGCCGGCUGGGAAAUUGGUCUCGCCGUAUGAGGAGCGGCAUGGUACGAAGCCCAGUCAGAAUGAACAGCAGACAGUCGAAAGGGCGCCAAAACGGCAAAGGGUGGAUUCGUCAGCCAGACCGCAGCAACAGGACUUUCCCCGUCCACAUCGCCAACCGGAAGUCAUCGAUCUGUCGGAGCCUUCGACGACUACAGGCUAUCCGAGGAGAGGCGAUUCCAUUCCUCAAAGGAGUGCGAAUGCUGUAAGGCCUCCGUCGAAGGUGCCGUCGAAGCCCUCGUCACCAGCCGUGCCGUCGAAAAUUGUCGAUAAUGCCGUACAAAAGAACCCGAACCCUGUGCAAACUCCCUCAAAUCCUCAACAGUCCCCGACGGUCCCAUCGAGAAGCUGCCCUGAGCCCCCAGCUACGGCCAAACCGCCGCCCUCGGCCGCGAAAGUUCCAUUAGCCGGUGGCCCGAACCCUCCAUCCAACUCUCUUCGAUUAUCGACCUCGAAGCCACGGAAGAAGCUCAUGUACAGGGAUUUAUUGCCAGGGCAUGGAUCCGCACGGACAUCCACUAUGCAGUCAGGUCGUCGAUCUGACAGCCUGUGA